GGAGAAUCCAACGUAGUUCCUAAUGAAGCACUUGAUUUCAUUAAAUUUGUAAAUGAAUCACCUUCACCAUUUCAUGCGGUAGAAUCAGCUCGUCUACGUUUGAUUAAUGCUGGUUAUGAAGAGAUUAAAGAACGUGAUAACUGGUCCGGAAAGUUGAAGCAUAAUGGAAAAUAUUAUUUUACAAGAAAUCGAAGUACUAUCGUUGCCUUUGCUGUAGGCGGUCGUUAUGUUCCUGGUAAUGGUAUCUCAAUUGUUGGUGCACACACAGAUUCUCCUUGUUUGAAGCUUAAACCUGUAUCCAAAAAAGCAUCAGCCGGUUAUUUACAGGUUGGAGUUGAAACCUAUGGAGGUGGCCUUUGGCAUACCUGGUUUGAUCGAGAUCUUAGCAUUGCCGGCCGUGUAAUGGUCGAAACUGACGAACGUCAAUUUGAACACCAACUCAUUAAAAUCGACAGACCAAUUCUUCGUGUCCCUACAUUGGCCAUUCAUCUCGAUCGUGGCAUAGCAGAUGGCUUCAAUUUUAACAAAGAAACUCAUUUGACUCCGUUAAUUGCUACUGCGACAAAAGC